AUUUUUUCCUUAUUCUUAUUCGGUCAAAUAUCGGGAAUUUGCCACAUGCCGUCCAUAAUGCUUUCCAGAUCGACCGGGUUCAUCGUUUCAAUUGUAUAAUGCGAACUCCGGCCACCGAGGCUGGUCUCUUCUUCUUUUGAAUUCAAAUCACAGCAAAAGAGAAGAUCCGGAGACCUCAUUCAACCAUGAGAUUCCAUAUUUCGUCUGCAAUUUUCCCUUCUUUGUUAAUCUCUCUCCUCCUUCUAAACACAGCAUCCCUCUGCAGAGCUGAAGUUUUAACCCUAACUGCCGACACGUUCUCCGACAAGGUAAAGGAAAAAGAUACUGCAUGGUUUGUCAAGUUUUGUGUUCCUUGGUGCAAGCAUUGCAAGAAUUUAGGAUCAUUAUGGGAGGACCUGGGGAAGGCAAUGGAAGGUGAGGAUGAAAUCGAGGUUGGAGAAGUUGAUUGUGGUUCUAACAAACCAGUUUGUUCUAAAGUUGAUAUCCAUUCAUAUCCUACAUUUAAGCUUUUCUAUGAAGGGGAAGAAGUUGCAAAGUAUACAGGGCCAAGAGACGUUGAAUCUCUCAAAACCUUUGUUCUUGAAGAAGCUGAAAAGGCAGCAGAAAAAGCGGAGCAGGACAGUGAUAAAGAAUUGUGAUUAUAGGUAGGACAAAUUUUUAACUUAUUCAGAGUAGUUCUUUGCCCCUUCCCUCGAGAUUCCAUUCGCUUAGUGCACCAAUAUUUGAUAAACAUAUUUGAUUUAUACAAUCAAAUAGAUUCUUUUCGAUGCAGUGUUGGACUAUAUACACUUGAUGCUCUUGGCAUCCAUAGACCAUGAAUCUGGUUGUUCAUGAACUAGACCAUUGAUCAUCACGGUCGUUUUUGCACUGUGAUUAGAAUGCUUAAAUUUGGAUAGAUUUGGACCGCGAUCUCGGUACCAUUGUUUGCUCCCCCUUCUGUUUAGACUUCUCCCCCCACGUUUUUCUGACAUUUAUGGGUAGCUGCCUUUUGGUUGGGUUAUGCCAAAGAGAGGUAACAAAAUUGGAUUAGAGUAUUUUGUACUUAAUAGGUUGAUUAUAUAUUAUACCUUACAUUAUAUGCAGACUUUUUAUUUGGAA